AUGCCGCGCAGACGAGACCCCUCCAAGCAGGUAUCUAGACGGAGCCACCGCGGCUGUCACCGCUGCCGACUGCACAAGAUCCGGUGCGACGAGGCGAAACCUCACUGUGGGCCAUGUACUUCCCGUGGCUACGCCGACUGCGUCUACGCCCAGGUCCUGAAAUGGGAGACAGACUAUGUCGGACGCGCCUUUGGGAGGGCCGGUGUGUGGUCGAAAUCUGGGACUGGCGGCAAUAACAAGAAGAAAUCCGCGACGCCGCCUUCUACCCUGGACAAUUACUGGUGUCUCCCUACCCACGUUCACUCUUUUGGUUUCCUGAACUCCUUCAUCACCGACUUUGAAAGGGAAGAGUCUUCGUCGUCGUCCAUUAUCCGAUCGCUGCGCCUGACGCUCGGAAACAAGUCGUCCAUCGACAUCGCAGCCAACUCGGAGAUCCUCGUCUUGAUGAUGCUGCUCUGCCAGCUCGAGAUCAUCGCAGAGUGCGACAAGCGCUGGGUCACGCAUCUGCGCGGGGCCCGAGACCUCAUCAGGUUCAGACGCCAAGGCAUGACUUCGGACGCUGCCAAGAUGGCAGCGCGGCAGCAGAGUCCCUGGGAACGAAUCAUCAAGUUCACCGAGCGGUAUUUUGCCUUUUACGACGUCAUGGGACGAACCGCGUGCGGCGAGGAGCCCAUUUUCGGUAACGACUUUUGGUCCGCGCAGGAGGACGAGGGGCUUGAUCUCUGGAUGGGCUGCUCGCCGCAGCUUGUCAGUAUCAUUGGCGAGAUUACGGAGCUCAGCUUCAAGUACCAUCGCAUGUCAUCUUCGACGGCGGAGGACUGCUGGCAGGAUCUCGAGCGCCAGCGGAUAAGGUUGACUUGUCUGCUGCAACAGCCGCACCUGAAGAGUGAUAGCGAGGACGAAAUCAUCAGGAAUACUGUCGAGUUGAAGCGAUUGACGGUAGAGCUCUACCUUCACUCUGCUCUCAACGACUCUACUCCCGCGACGCCUGUAAUUCGGCACAACGUGAAGAAGAUCUUGCGUCUCGUCGCGAUGUUGCUCGAGGCGGAUGUCAAAGCUGGGCUCACAUGGCCGCUCUUUAUGGCAGCCUGUCAACUCGAUCCCACAGAGGAGCUUGAAUGGGCCGAGGGAGAUGUCGAGGAUAAGACAUCCCCUCGCUACGCGCGUCCUUUUGUCCUCUAUGUCCUCGACAAGUUGGCAGAUUCGCUCUCCAAUGUCACUCGGACCCGUUCCGUUAUUGAAAAGGUCUGGAAACAACGCGAGGCGGCAUCGUUCUUAUCGUCGGAUCGGCAGCUAUCCCCCAGUCCCAAGGCUUUCAACGACUGGGCUCGAUUCGUGGCGCCUUUCUGCCACAAUAUUAGUCUGGCUUGA